GAAUGCUUCAUAAUCGUAGGGUUACGUUUACCCUGCGAAUAAAAUAGGUUGGAGAGCUUCUUCUGCCGCUCUCUUCUUCCACUCCAUAUCCAAGAAGCAGCAAUCAUGAUCAUUCCAGAGAAGAACCGCAGAGAAAUCUCCAAAUACCUCUUUCAAGAGGGUGUUUGUUAUGCCAAGAAAGACUUCAACUUGGCCAAGCACCCCGAUAUCGAUGUCCCAAAUCUUCAGGUUAUUAAGCUUAUGCAGAGCUUCAAGUCUAAGGAAUACGUUCGUGAGACUUUCGCAUGGAUGCAUUACUAUUGGUUCCUAACCAAUGACGGUAUCGAAUUUCUCCGAACUUAUCUUAACUUGCCUUCAGAAAUUGUCCCUGCUACUUUGAAGAAGUCUGCUAGGCCACAGGGACGCCCAAUGGGUGGCCCACCAGGCGAUCGCCCCCGUGGCCCUCCUAGAUUUGAAGGAGAAAGACCUAGGUUCGGUGACAGAGAAGGUUACAGAGCUGGUCCUCCUCGUGAGUUUGGUGGUGAGAAAAGUGGAGCUCCGGCUGACUAUCAACCCUUUUUCAGGGGUCCUGGUGGACGUGGUGGUGGUGGAUUUGGCCGUGGAUCAGGUGGCUUUGGUGGUGCUGCACCAGCUGGUUCAGAUCUUCCUUGAAGCAAGCAAAUGUUUUUUUUUUCAUGGAUAAUAGUCAUGUGAUUUGUUUUUUGUUUCUUUCAAUAGAAUUUUUGGUGUUAUGAGAUUAUGUUUAAUUGAACUACUUUUUAUGUCUUUUCUUUCUUGUACCUCUAAUUAAUUGGAGCAUGACCCUUUUACAAUGCCAUUCAAAAUGAUUUGCUAUAAUUUCAUACA